AUGGCCCAGCGAAAACCUCUCUCCGAGGUCCUCCCUCCUCUCAUCCUCGGUACAGCCACCUUCAACGUGCAAUACCAUCCCGACCCUACAAAAAUGCCCUACACAGAUAUCGUAGGCCGCGCUCUCGCUCACAACAUCCUCGCUUUCGAUACAUCUCCUUACUACGGCCCCUCCGAGAUUCUUCUCGGUGAUGCGCUACGAAAAUUGACCCCGCCGCCGCCGCGCGAAGGUUACUUCAUCAUCACAAAAGCCGGUCGCAUCGCAGGAGACGAGUUUGACUAUUCUCCCGCUUGGAUCAACUACAGUGUCUGUCGCAGCCUCGAAAGACUGGGCACGUCGUACCUUGAUCUUGUCUACACCCACGAUGUCGAGUUCGUUUCGCCUGAAGAGGUUCUUGCUGCUGUUACCGAGCUUCGACGAUUGAGAGACCUGGGUCUUAUUCGAUAUGUUGGUAUUAGCGGAUACCCUGUUGAUACCCUUGCUUCGCUUGCGGAGAUGAUUUUGCGCGAGACGGGAGAGCCUUUGGAUGCUGUCAUGUCGUACAGUAACUUUUGCAUACAAAACAACAAGCUUGGAAACCAGGCGCUACUGGAUCGCUUCAAGGCUGCCGGUGUUGACUGUCUUCCCAACGCUAGUAUGCUGGGUAUGGGCCUUUUGACAACACGAGGUAUCGACAACAGCCCUAUGCGCGCUUGGCACCCGUCUCCUCCAGAACUGCGCGACCUGUGCGCCCAGCUUUCCACCAUUGCGCAAGAAGAAGGCGAGCAUCUAGAAGAAGUGGCUAUCCGAUGGGCCCUCGAGAACUGGGCGCACAUAGGCUCACAGUUCGGUACACACCUCAACCCCAGCGAUACAGGUCGUCUAGGUGUUAGUGUGAUGGGUGUGUCGAGCGUGGAUGAGCUAGAAGAGACAUGGGCUUUGUGGACGAGUGUGGUUGGACUUGUGGGCGAUGAAGAAGCUACACAGCGAAAAGCCAAGAUUGAGAGGAUUGUGAGAGAAAAGAUGUGGCCUACGUUGGGAAGCUGGAGGGAUCACACUUGGGAGAGUGGUGGUCCUGGGUUUGUGAAUACGAGAGCGAUAGAAGAUAUGGGUGUUGUGCCAAGGGAUGAGACGGCGAGGAGAUGGGGGUUGAUAGCUGCUCCGUUGGAUAUGCCAAAGAUUUAA